GUCAGCCCAACAGGAUGUGGCGAAGUCGGAGGCGGCAGCGCAGGAAGCCAAGACAGCUGAGAAGCGAGCAGAAGCCGCCCAAGCCGAAGCGACCCGAGAGAAGAAGCACCAGUCUGCACUGUCGUCAGAGCCUGCCAAGGAGCGGUGCCUCGAGGACUUUGCCUCCUGUACAGCUGGCCUCGCAGUUCUGCAGCUGGAGCAGUGGAUGGCCAUGUUGCACAUCAACAGAUUCUUCGUCUCCUUGGUGGUGAUGGCCGUGGGCACAGGGCUGCUUCUCCUCCCGGCUCGUGCGCAGGCCGCAUCUUUCGCCGUCUGCGCUCUCGUCGUUCUUCCAGUCCUUUUGGCCGGAGCGUUUCGGGAAUUCCUACGGUUCGUUGCCAGUUCGCCUCCCUCAGAGCUGCUCGGAUCGGUUGCAGGCUUGCUGACUGCAGUGCUUGCCUUCGCCUUUCUUUGGCAAGGGGCAGACGGCCUUCGGUUGCUCCUCGGUGCCGCGCUUGCCGUUCUACUCGGAGACUUGGUGCUGGUGGCCAGCUGGAUACCGCUGCCGGAGGCCUUAGCUGCUCUGUCGGCCAUGGCUCUCGGCUACGCCGGCGCCGCGGCGGGUCUGUACCGGCGCCGGGCCACCCAGGCGUUCGCGAUGGCGGUGCCAGCAGCCUUGGCGCUGCCCGCUGGCUUCCUCCUCUUCUUGGAAGCCCUCGGCCGCUCGGAGGCCUACUUAGAGGACAUUGUGUCGGCCCUGCUGCCCUGGGCAGACAAGCACAGUGAGGAGGUUGUGGGCAGCACCUUCUGUGAGUAUGGGCGCCUGGCGUGGCUUCUGCUUCAGCUGCCAGCGCUGGUGCAUCUCCUUACGGCGCCAGGAAUGGACGUGGCCCCGUUCCCAUGGGAGAGCGAAGAGCCAGCGAAAAGCUCCAUGGUGCCGGAAGCGAGCCCGCCCGAGGAGCCCGAGGAGACCAACGACGUCCAGGUGGAAGGGAGCCGCAAAGGUGACGCCCGUCCCUUCGAUACCUUCACAGCUGCUGUUCCCCAGCCUGAGCUGGAGAAGCUGGAGCUGCCACCUCAGAGCCGGACGUAG